UUUGUGUGCGGGGAAGGACACACAUUAACAAUUUGCAUGUGUAGAAUGGAAUUUUCCACUCCAACAGUUAGAAGUUGAUCGUGCUUCCAUUUGCGGUCUCUCUGUUACGCGAGUGAUCUGUUCGGACGUUAUCGCUGAAAAGAAUCUACGGCUGGUCAUUUUGCCCCGCCCCCGCCUCGCGCUCCGUCCAGUGCAGUAGCGAUGUCCCGUUGCUUGCGCGCCGCAGCAGAGACCCGCGCGACCUUCAGCCGGCAAUUCUGCGUCUCGUCCAUCAGUGCAAUCCUGAGCCACCAUGGAGGGUUGCCAUUUAUCCUGUUCGUUUUAUAACUGUAAGCGGACCUUCACGCACCCCGACUCUCUCAACAACCACCUGAAGGAUCAUCAUAAGGCCCCUGUACAGUCCCUGCCUGGUAAGUCCUUCUUGUGCUCGACGAUAGGAUGUGACGGAUCUUUCUCCAGCAUGCAGCAGCUGAUGGAUCACAUGAGGCAUCACCACAAGCCAAAUUAUUUCUUCCUAUGUGAGAGCUGUCGGGCCAAGCUCCGCUCCUACCGCACCCUCCUCAAGCACCUCCAGACGUGCGCCAAGGUCGCCAAAAGCAAAGUGGCGAAAGUGGAGGGAGGUCCAAUCCCCGACCCGACUCUUCCCAGCACUGAUUCCGAUUCUGCUGCUACUGUCCCAGCUGUAGCUGAAUCUCAGCAGAUGGAAUCUGAUCCCUCGGUGCCGUCUCAAGCUCUGAUCCAGGCAACUUCGUCAGAACAAGCGUCCUCGGCUCCUCUGGCAGAAUCUGCCCCUGCUUUUGAAGCUGUGAAACCCCAGAAUCAGAAUCAGCAGGAUGCUCCCUACAGCCCGUUUCCCCCCAGCCUGUCUCCUGCACCUGAACCCGAGCCACAGCGCUCGCCCAGAGUCGGACCGGUCGGCACGGUGACCUCCCCACCACAAACUCCGCCAGGAUCUAACGCCGUCUGGAGAAAGAACCAAGCAGACUUGCCUGCGCCCAUUUUGCACAGAUGGAACUCUCCUCAGGCUUUGAGUAGAGAGGAAGUCCAGUCCUUUAACAGCCGGAUCCUUUGGGAGCACACCAGGGGGCGCUACAGCUGCCUUCAGUGUGGUCACUCCACCGCUGAGCGCAAGGAGAUGACGGCACAUAUCGAGGGCCAGCACAGGAGCCCAGGGGCCAAAACUAACGACACGGAUCCAGCAGUCGGUUCACCUUCAUCCCUGGUGAAAACCUCAACACAUCCUGAGAACACGAAUUACACCCAGCUUUAGAGUCGCACCAGAUGAUAAACUUCAGAACUGGAAGGAUGUUGUAGCUCACAUGACAUGAACAGAUUGGAAAAGUCAGUAAUGCAGCAUGCACAUUCGUAUUUUAAAGCGACUAAGUAAUUAAUUUAUCACCGAAUCCCUCCAACAACUUGAUGUUCCACUUAUUUUCAUUUUUGAUUGUAAAUAUAGUGUGGGGUGUUUUUUGUUUGUUUUUUACCGUAGGUGUUGUAGCUCAUUUUAAGCAUCCAGUAGAAGCUCGUAUUUGCCUCAGUAGUGAUUUGUAGCUGAUUUAAAUUUGAUUGUACACGGAUGUAAGUGCAUCAUUUUUGUUCUUGCAAUGUUUUGACAUCGAAGUAAAAUAUUAAAAUGGUGUGAAAUUGCA